AAAAAAGUCCCCGCAUUUAACGUUACGCAGAAAAGGACAGUAUUGUACGUUUCUAAGAAACGAUACGGCUUCUAAAGACGACUUUAUUCUAUUUCCAUGUCAAUUAGACAGUCGUUUACCUCCCUAAUUAACCUCGAAAGGUCGAUUAUCGACACGAGUAUCGCACUUAAUUAAUUAAUUCCAUCCGAUAGAUGAUACGGAGUGAUGAAGAAGGGGUACGACCGAGAGAAGAAUAACGAAAAAAGUAAAUAUUUGGAGGAACCUUAGACAGGCGGGCCUAGUUUCUGCAUAAUUUUCUGUUAAUUAAUUACAGGCAUCGACUGGAAACCAGUAUUUAAUCCCGCCAGCGGAGUAAUUGCGAAACUCGCCACCAGUUCGAUGUUUGUCGCUUAUAAUCCUGUUUUAAUUAAAACUUUGUUGGAUGUCGCUUUAUUGUGACGCUUGAAUUCUUUCCGCUUCGUUAUAUCACAUUUUAACUCAUUAUUUAUACGGAAAUAAAGAAUUUCCUCGCUUACGAAUCUAUUAAAAAUUCAUACUAGUAAACAACUAAAAGAAUUCCUAUUGUCGUUUGCAAAAUUAUACACCUUUCUCUUUGUUUACUGGUGUGACGUAUUUAAGAAGUUGAUUAUUACGUCGCUUACGGCUUUUGAAUGUCAAAAUGUCAAGUUCCGGCUGCAGUCGCGAGCAUCGUUUUAAUAUAACUAAGAGGCAAUUUCUUUUUUUAGUUCAACGAACUAUCGAAUGUCCGGAAGAGUAAAUUAAUUCGUGCUUAAUUAACUUAAACAUCCCCCAAAUAAAUUUAAAAAUAAAGAGGAAGAACAUUCCCACUUCCGGACAUGCGCCGUUUCGACGGUUACGUUCGUCCGUCGCAUUCGCGUUAGAAGCAGAUCGAUAGAAGUCGGGAUGGAGAGCGAAUUACCUCGAGUCGACUGCGCUCCUUUAGUAAACAAUAAUAAGGAGGGGGAGACGAAUUUCGACUCCUUCCUCGACCGUUUCGGACAGUUCGGCCGUUAUCAGCAGCUCUUGGCACUCUUCCUGUGGCUGUUGGUCUCCCCCUUUCUGGCAUUCGUCAUCUACGGUAACAUGUUGCUGCUGUUGACUCCGGAUCACUGGUGCGACUUAUCCGAUUUACCGGGUAACGCUAGUCUGGAAGAGAAGAAGAGCCUCGCCAUCCCUCUGGAAGAGGUAGAAGGUCAGUUGAGAUACAGUCGCUGUUAUCGCUAUCGAUUUAACGAUUCUCCAUCCUUCGAAAACGUCACCCGUCUCCCAGUCAAAUGUCAAAAUUGGGACUACAAUUACACUCUCGUUUACAGUACGUUAGUUUCCGAGUUGAAUUGGGUUUGCGACGAUGCUUGGAGGACUUAUUUUGCUUACACCGUCUUCUGGGGUGGAACCGCGGUCGGCGUAUUGAUUAUGGGAACCAUAGCCGACAUGUUUGGGCGCGUGCCCGUUCUUGUAGUGGGACACGCUGUGUGUGCCGUCGCUAGUUGUGCCACUAAUUUCGUCACCGAUUUUACCUGGUUUAUGAUCGUCAGAUUUAUCAUCGGGUGCAUGGUGAUUUCUCAGAGUAUGACUGCCUACGUCUUAGUCAUGGAAUACGUGGGAUCAAAGCACAGAUUGCUUGUCUCGAGCGGAUAUCUUUUCGCCUAUCCUCUUCUAGGUUGUAUCCUGCCUUGGAUUGCUUAUUUCCUGCGAGACUGGAAGACAAUUAACCUCGUCGUGUCCGUUCCCCUCUUCGUCGUGCCCGUGUUAUUCAAGUUCAUCCCUGAAUCUUUAAGAUGGUUGGUUGCCAAACAACGUUUCGAUCGAGUCCGAAAAAUACUGAAGACCAUGUCUAGAAUCAAUAAUAAGGAUUUUCCUCCGGAAUUCUUCGAUACGAUGGAGUUUCCUCUCGUCAAAACCGAAGGAAAGAAGCAUACGUUAUUCGACAUGCUGAAGAAACCAAACAUGAGGAGGAUAUUUUUGUUUACCAACGUAUCCUGGAUGUGUACGUCUCUGUGUUUUACUGGAGGUUACGUGUACGCCGCUACAGUUUCCGACAACCCUUUCUUGAUGAUCACAGCUAAUUCCGCUCUGGACAUCGUGGCCAAUGCCAUAGCCGAUCGAUUAGCCGACAAAUACGGAAGAAGACCCACCGCAGUCAGCAGUCUGUUGGUGGCAGCUUUGAGUUACAUGAGCAUCGCGGCAGUUCCCAAAGAUACGUUCGCCGUCAGAACUACGUCUCUAGUAAUUGGAAGAUUAGCUCUAACCGCGGGUUACAACGUAAACUAUCUGUAUGCCGCAGAAGUGUACCCCACCGUGGUCCGAACUCAAGCUUUAGCCAUUCGACAGGCGUUGGGAUCGGCGGGAAAUUUUCUCAGUCCGGUGGUGGUGAUGUUGGCCAUGUACGCUCGUUAUUUACCUUUACUAGUGUUCGGUGCCAUAUCUGCUCUGGCGGCAGUGGUGAUGAUUUUUCUGCCGGAGACACUGAACAGAAGUUUGCCGGAAAGUUUGGAAGACGGAGAAGAAUUGGCCACGUUACCCGGGUUAUGUCAGUGUUGCGAGAAGAGAGAACAGCGCAAUCAUCAACGUUUAUAAUUUUUACCAAUGACCAGAGCUAAUUUUUGUGUUAGCGUUUAAAAGUAAAGGAUUUCACGUGUGACAAGCCCAGAGUAUUUCCGGCCAGAAUGUAAAGGACAUUUACGUAUAUAUUCCUUCGAAUUUAUCGUCUUUUUUGGAUAUUUAUGCUUGGAACCUCCGUGAAAAUUCGGACGAAUGUUCGUUUCCAUUUAAAUAACAAGUUCUGUGUAAAUUGCAUUCCCAUCGACUAAUAAGUGCUUUGUAAAUAAUAGUUCCGAGUUAAUUUAGUGAACUAAAAUUAAGCUGACGUAGAAUUAUUUUUCGAUGAUUGGACGUAUAUUUUUAUGGAAAGCAAUAAAAGAAAAUUGUAUUUUUCAGUCGAACGUUUCAUUUCUGUCUCAAAUCCAACACAUCUGAGCGAU